AUGAAGUCGGUUCGCUUCCACGGACCAGGCGAUAUCCGAAUCGAGGAAAUUGACGAGCCAACUUGUGGCAAGGGCCAGGUCAAGUUGCGGCUAGCGUUCGUGGGGAUAUGUGGCAGUGAUCUUCAUGAGUAUAGUGCUGGCCCCGUUCUCAUCCUAAAGGAGCUACACAAGAUUACAGGGACUUCUUAUCUUGUGACAUUGGGUCAUGAGUUUGCCGGCAUCAUUGAAGAAGUCGGCGAAAGAGUAACGCAUCUAUCGCCUGGACAGCGAGCAGUGGUUCGUCCAACGAUAUUUGACCGACAAUGCUGCUCCUGUAAACUCGGCUAUGAGUACUGCUGUGAGAAUAUUGGGUUUAUCGGAUUAUCAGGCUAUGGAGGCGGAAUGGCGAAGCACACCGUGGCGCCCGCUGAGCACUUUUAUCCGCUGCCUGAUAGUGUGUCUCUGGAGGCGGCAGCACUGAUCGAGCCGCUGGCUGUGGCAUGGCAUGCCGUCAACCUAUCCCGGUUCAAGGGAGGGGAUAACGUCAUGGUUGUCGGAGGUGGUCCGAUUGGGAUUGGCAUUGUACAAAUCCUGAAGCUUCAGGGAGCCAAGAAGAUCAUGGUUGCCGAACUACUCGAGAACCGCAAGAAGUUCGCCCUCAAGUACGGAGCCACAGACAUUAUCGACCCUCGCACAUGCGAUGUACCGGGGAAAGUGCGGGAGUUGACAAAUGGUGUGGGCGUGGAUGUCAUCUUGCCUUGA